ACACUACCAAAGCCACUGAUAAUAAAUAUAUACAUACAUACAUAAUCAAAACACACACACACACACACACACAAACAUCAUCAACUCAUGACUCACUCGGCAGCAAUUCUGUGGGUUUUCGUUCUGUUCUUGUUUCUAAGCAAACCCAUUUCAUCGGAAUCGGAUUUGUCGCCGGAGGAGCUGUCGGAGAUCCCCAGAAAUUUCCUCAGCUUCGCCCGAAAAGCUGAAAUCUUUGAUUGGAUGGUGGGCGUUAGAAGAAAAAUUCACGAGAAUCCUGAACUGGGCUAUGAAGAAUUUGAAACCAGUAAACUUAUCAGACAAGAAUUGGAUCAAAUGGGGAUUCCGUACAAGUACCCACUUGCGGUUACCGGUGUGCUAGGGUUCAUCGGCUCAGGCGAACCCCCGUUCGUUGCAAUUAGGGCUGAUAUGGAUGCCCUUCUAUUACAAGAAAUGGUGGAGUGGGAUCACAAGAGUAAGAAUGAUGGGAAAAUGCAUGCUUGUGGGCAUGAUGCACAUGUUGCAAUGCUUCUCGGUGCUGCGAAAAUACUUCAAGAGAAUCGGCAUCUUUUAAAGGGGACUGUAGUUUUAUUUUUCCAACCAGCAGAGGAAGGAUAUGGAGGGGCGAAAAAGAUGAUAGAAGAUGGAGCGCUCGAGAAAGUCGAAGCAAUCUUUGGUAUUCAUGUAGAUACUUUGUUGCCAUUGGGCGAAGUUUCAUCGAGAUCCGGUCCUAUAUUAGCUGGCAGCGGCUUUUUCGAGGCUGUAAUAAGUGGUAAAGGGGGCCAUGCAGCCAUUCCUCAACAGUCGAUAGAUCCGAUUUUAGCUGCUUCAAAUGUAAUUGUGAGCUUACAACAACUCGUUUCUCGAGAAGCUGACCCUCUCGAUUCUCAGGUACUCACAGUAGCUAAAUUCCACGGAGGCGGUGCAUUUAAUGUCAUCCCCGAUUCUGUUACCAUCGGUGGAACUUUCCGAGCUUUUUCAAACGAGAGCUUUCUGCAACUUAAGCAACGAAUUAAAGAGGUUAUUAUAGGACAAGCCGCUGUACAAAGAUGCAACGCGAGUGUUAGUUUCGAAUCAAAAGACAAAAUUUUCUUUCCACCGACGGUCAACGACAAAGACCUGCACAAGCUCUUCCAAAGAGUCGCGGGGGAUAUGCUCAGUAUUUCCGGAGUUAAAGAAAUGCAGCCUUUAAUGGGCUCGGAAGAUUUUUCGUUUUAUCAAGAAAAAAUUCCGGGUUAUUUCUUUUUACUAGGUAUGAAAGACGAAACCGCAGAAAAGCCCGCUCAUGCACACUCGCCGUAUUUCAGAAUCAACGAAGAUGGGCUUCCUUUUGGAGCUGCACUUCAUGCAUCGAUGGUUGUACGGUAUCUUUUCGAUAGCCACAAGGCGGGUUCCACUUAUAGUGGAUAUCGCGCGCAUGACGAACUUUGAUUUGGUUGAUGUUUUUAUGAAUAAUUUUUGCGUUCUUGAAAAAAAAAUAAAAGGCGGUGGCAAGAUCGUGCAACCUUGGCAAGUUUAUUGUAAAUGUUCGUUCGUCUGUUUUUAGGAAGAUUAUCUUGUCCGUUUAUUUAAGAAAUUUGAAUAUUUGUCCCGUUUAUUUUGGUUUUCGGGACAAAUUCUGCGUUUUGUAAUAUAAUAUUGCUAUAAGAAAACAAUCUCAAUAUUUCUCAU